CGCUUGCAAUUUUGUUCAAAGAUGAUACGAAACUAUAUUGUCUUUUCUCUGUUUAAUACUCGACGAGGAACGGAGACAGUGUUCUGCGUGAGCUGGAAUGGGAUCUCACUGGGAUUUAUGGAGCUGUAACAAGUGUCAUAACUCCAACAAUUUAAUCAUCAUCGAUUGAUCAGUAAGAUCCUUGACGUGGCUUGAGAACUAUAAUUUUUCCAACCUUGCAGAACUGAUGUAAACACACAGCAUGGAUCACAAGAGCAAGACAUGGGGAUCUUAAACAGGUCAUUGUGCUGAAGUAACUGGAUUAACAGGAAUGGCUAACUUAAAUCCUGACGAAUCAAAUUCUGAUAUCUCGGCGCCAUCAUGCGAAGAUACCCGGGAUGACAGUCCAUCGGAAACCCUCUCAGAUCUGGAACUCAAUUUAAUCUCGCAAAAGAUCCCCCGACAUCGCUGGGAAGAGUUAGGCCUUCGUCUUGGGUUCGAUGGUGUGCAACUCGAAUGCAUCCGUCAUAACAAUAAACAUGAACCACCGCAGAGGGCGAUAUAUGACAUGUUGCAUCAAUGGCGACGGAAUCACUCAGGGGAGACGCUGCGAGAGGCGCUGUUGCAAGCCCUACUUGAUACACGGUUAAAGGAAAUUGCAGAAACUAUAGACGAUGGAGUUGUCACGUCACACUCACUCGAUUUAGAUUUGGAGCAGUUAAGAAAGGAACUGGUCAAUUUCUACCUCUCAGACAUGUGCAAGAUCAAGUUUAUCCCUUGGGAUGAAGAAUCUUACGUUGAUCUCCAAAAGUUCUAUGUCCGGUUGUCCCUCGUCAUGCAGAAUGCAAGCACCUUUCUGAACGGACCGAAGACCUUCCUACCCCUUCAAGAUUCCCAUGAUGGCAUCUUUUCUUCUAGUAAUGGCAACGAUCGGCAACCGAUGAGAUUGCUUUUAGAGGGUGAAGCAGGUAUGGGAAAAACAACUUUAGUUGCUAAAUUGGCCUAUGAUUGGGCAAUAAAAACUGAUUCUUCGCCGCUGAAAGACAUCCCAUUGUUCCUUGCAAUCCCGUUCAGAAAGUGGAAUCCUGAAUGGUCUAUUGGUAAUGCUGUCCGUAAGUGUCUCCUUGCUUCGGACAGUAAAAUAACAGCGAGGCAGAUCGAUCACUACAUGAAAUCAAACCCUGGAGCCGCAAAGGUUGUCCUAGAAGGAUACGAUGAGGCUAAGUUCAGCAUUGCAGACGCAAAAGCUUCUGGUCGCAUUGGAUGCAUUCUUCGAAACGAGGAGCUGCGUCAAAACCAGAUCUUAGUUACUACCAGACCUUGGAGAGUGGUGGAUUUCAAAAGCUGUCUCCGUACUUACACGAGGAUUGAAAUUGAAGGGUUUCAGAAAGAAGAAACGGACAAGUAUGUUAAGUUCUUUUUCAAGGAACAGGAUGAAAAGGCAGAGCAUGUCUUAAAGUAUAUUCGACAGCAUCCUCUUGUAUCUGAAUUUCUGUCAGGAAUACCGUUAUUCACUGCUAUGCUCUGCGAGUUGACCAAUGAAAUUCAGACCACUGUUGACGACCUUGACGAAUUUGACACAUUGAGUGAUCUGUUCAGGUAUUUCACGAGUUACCUGUGGGGCCACUACGAUACGAAAUCAAAUACUUCAAGAUCUCAAGAAGAAAGUGAGAAGACCUUGACCAGAUUACUCUUGCAUCUAGGAAGAGUAGGUCUUGAUGGUCUUUUCAGUCCAGAGAAGAAAUUAUUGUUUGAUUCUUCGGAUUUCAUACUCUCAGAAGGACACGAAGACGAAAAAUCGUACGAUCAAGAGGUAGAGGAAUUGGCGUGCAAGAUCGGCAUCCUCUCGAAGCAUCGACGGCAAGUGCAACUAAAGACAAAGUUAAGACAGAGAACUGUAACAAAGUCACAUGCUGUAUCAUUCUUCCACAAACUAAGCCAGGAAUACUGUGCGGGCGUUUAUUUGUCGCACUUAGCAAGAACAGACGAAAUGGCAUUCUUGCAAUAUAUCCGACAAAUAUGCAGCCGUACCCAACUGUUAGAGUAUAAGAAUGUUCUACUUUUUACCUGCGGUGAGGGAAUCCAUUCUGCUCGUUUGAUUCUUGAUCAUCUUAUUGCUCUACAAGAAAAGUGGGUGUACCUUUGGGACACCAAUAACAACACACCUGAUAUCGCUUUGCUGUGCAAUUUAGAGAGCAAAAGUGACGGUGAACUGAAUGCCCAGCUGAAGAGAUUCUUGCAGUCUAGUAACCUGAAAAUAUGGGUGUCACCGUUUCAGCAUGAGCCACACAUUGCUGUCGCAUACAAAUAUGUGCUGUCCUCUGGACAGUCCUUGCCAUUGGAGGAUUGUGACCUGUGCAUCUCUAAAGAGACAAACCUCCACAUCUUCUUUGACUUCAUGUCCUACAAGAAUGCAACCUCUCUUACUGGACUCAAGCUCGAUGUGGCCCAUCUCAAAGAGGAAGACUAUCUGCGUUUCUUGACAUGUCUGCAAUCCUUCCACCAUCUCCGUAGGUUGUCUUUGUCAGUAAACGAAUCAACCCACGUCAGCAAGCUGAACAAAGCUCUGGGUUCAUAUAUCUAUUCAUCCAUCCAAGAUUUGACAUUACAAAAUCAUUCCACGGAUUCGCUGGUUGGAAAUCUAUCAUUUGCAUGUGAUCGAUUUCCUAAUGUUGAAGACCUUAAAAUUGAGGGGGCAUCAUUGGAAAUAUGGCCGAAGACAACAAUGCAUGCUAUAAACCUUGCAUCAUUGAUGAGGCUAUCCAUCAAGAACUUAAAAUGUGAACAUUCGCCUAUGAGCAUAUUUUUCGACCUCAUUUCUCAAACUUGCCCAAUUCUCAAGGAAUUGAAAGUGAGCGUUGGACAUGUUGGAGACAAACUUAUUCAUCUAGAAAGUCAUGGUGGUGGAAAGAUCAUGAAACAGCUUAGAUGCUUAGGCCUAGACCUGAAGUACGUGUCCAACCCACUCUCCUCCGACGACCUGAUGACCAUGAUUGCAUCAUACGCGCCAUUCCUGCAGGACCUCACACUUGAUACUUCUUUAGAAUUUAGACCUGUCAAGACGGCUGCGGAAGUGUCAGUAUCAUCAAUCAAUCAUAUGGUCGAACAUGCAACCCUGAGAAAUAUCUGCAAGAAUAGAGAAGACCUCAGGCAAAUCCUACUGUACAUUCCCAAUGUCAAGUCAUUGAAAAUGAUCAAAUGUGAGCCUUACCGCAGUAGCACCGGGAGCCUGAUUACCGAAGUGCUUGCAAUGAAAGCGACACAACUAGAAGUGAAUUGUUCAAUUACAGAAUUCUCGGACACAAUGGCAAACCACCUAGUGACGCUGAAUUGCGUGCAGAAUUCAGUAACUACCACCCUCUCGUUCCUUUCAUCAUUUCAGAACCUAACUUCACUUUCUCUCAUCAAUCUUCCAUUCCGGACACUAAAUCUAGGAGAAUGUCCGAAAAUGCCAACCGUUCGUCACCUCCAGCUACUUGGAUUCUUUCUACAGUGCGCCAGUGGACUUCGUCAGUUUUUCGACAGUUUCCCAAACUUGGUGUCAUGUCAAGUGCCAUUCUCUGUCAAUGAUGGGAUCAUUGGCGACUUGAGCGACUCAAUCCGCGAACGAAAUGAUCUCCGGCUUCUUGUCCUUGGGAUUGACUCUGGCAUCACGGAGAAUGUUGGAAAGGUAGUUGAAGCAAUUGCCAGCCUCCCAUCACUUGAACACCUCGUCUUCCGAGUUCAUUUGUUACAUGACACAUUGCUUCAAACCCUAGCCCUUGCUCUGCCUGUCUGGACCAAGCUGACUUUUCUUGGGGUUCAUCCGUACCAAAUGAAGUUCCAAACUGAACCAGUCGGGCUGGAAGCAAUGGGUGCCUUUGCCGAUGCGUGUGUGAAUCACGACCAGUUGUCUACCAUUGAUCUUUCCUUGUUACAACUCACCAAAGAGGCGGCAUUGAAGGUGCUUGGGAUGGCGUCCUCUGCAUAUGGCUCGUCUGGGGAGUUUUCGUUAAGGUUUACAGGACCCCAUCUGCCCUGUGACUGGGAGGUUUACAACGCAGUAGACAUGGUAGAUGUCGGUAGGGAUACCGGUUAUGUCACGUUGGUACCACCCGACAAAGUGGUGAGAUAUGGGGAGUUUUAUGAUGGAGCCGGUCCGAAGUGUUCAUCCGAUAUGUGCGGUAUCACCCUCGAAACAACUGCCAAAGAUGCCGUAUACUGGAGAUCCAUAGGUUGCCCUGACCUAGAUGCCAUCUUUGGCGACCAAGAUGGCGCCAACAGCGACACCGGUAAAGAAGAUGAUGUCACUGUUUAAGCCUUUACUCGUGUUCGCUGUGAGAGACCCCUUCUCGAGGAAAUUGGUCUGAAUGUGCAAGCUAAGGUCUCUUCCGAUCUGUGUAUGAGCACUAUCAUUCAAAAAUUGACACUACAGCAAGUCGUACUUCUGGUAAUCUUGUCUCAAGACCCCCUAUUGUUGAACUACUGUCAAUUAGGGUCUGUGCCCGCAGUGUAUAUAGUUUAAACCUCCAUGCAGGACCAUUCCAUUUUUCCAAGAUGAAAUUAGGGAUCUCCUGUUAAAAUACUAGUAUAGCAUCUUUUCGGAUGAUCUCGUGCACUCCACAUUGUUUUGAUUGCUUUUGAUAUACAUCCCAAAUCGUAGAAGUUUGCACUUUAAAGGUCCGGGACUUUUUGUAUUCAGAUGGCGAUUAGAUCUCACCUUGCCUAUAAUAGGUUACAAAAUGUACCCUGAUGGUUCAAAAAGCUUUUCAGGGUAAAAAGUUGCACUCCAAAGUCAGCUUCCAUUUCGACACUUGAAGAGUGAAAUAAAUAUAAAAUUGUGUACUAGCUUUGGCAAUCACUAACAUGUAUUGUAAGGCUAAUUUUCAAAGAAUAAGUGUCACAGAACUGAGUUUAGAAGUUGCUAUAUAAGAUUUGCUAUUUUAGUCCCUGUGGAUAUUCAUACUGCUCAAUGAGUUCUUUGAAAUAAGAAGAAGAACCUAUGAAGCGUUUGUAUAUUAGGAGUAAUAUUUUGUAAUCAUUGCAAUGCCAGGAAGAAAGUCUUCCUAUCAUGCCUAUAGUGUGAUUUUUUUGGUAUUGAUUUAUGUAUUUGAUGUUAUUGUUGACUUGGAUUUUUUUCUGUAAACAUAUGUCUAAAAUUACUAAAAAUUUCUACGUACUUAUUUAUUUCCUAUUAAUUAUUAUGUAUAUUCCCUUUAUACCCCUUGAACGUCAUUAAGUGCAUGUUUUAUCGAUUUAAUGCGGUGCAAACACCCUGUUGGGAUAUGGUCUAGGGUCAGCAAUACAAUAAGGAGCAAACCUUUCUUGUUUUAAAUGUAUAAUCCUUCUCUUCCAAACCGUGAAAAUCUUGACUAUAUGUGUCGUAAUUUGUCAACCAUGUCUAUAAUUUGAUCAUGAAAAGCGCUCUGAAUCGUUGCAAUGCGCGUAGUUUCUCUGUUAAAACGGAACUUUUGCUGUAUUCUUACUGACCUAGACUUAAGUUAUUUUAAUUAUCCUUUAACUUAACGGUCGCUUUAUUCUUACUGACCAAUGCAAAAGUUGUUUUAAUUAUCUUCUACAAAAUAUUUUCUCGAGUAUUUUAGGGCGGCAUUACCCUAGACAUGUCCCUUUUCACAUGAUGAAUAUCCAAGUCAGGAGUUUGUAAAUAUUGUCGGUCUAUAUUUAGUGCUCCAAAUGCCAAGAUACCAAGUUUCACCUUUGAAAUUUUUCUCCUUGGUCAUUACGUUCCCUCGUAUUUUUUAAUGGA